CCGAGGGGUUGUCGGAUUCUGACAGCGGUGGCUCCGUUACCUUGGAGAGGUGGAGUGUGUGUGGAGUUGGACUGACAGUCUUGUCGGCCAGAGGUACGUUUCCUGCGUGUGUCGGCCCGAGCUGAGUAGGCCCAGCGCUUGGCGGAAUUCCAGAAUGACUGACACUUCUGAAGCUGUUCCAAAUUUUGAAGAGAUGUUUGCCAGUAGAUUCACAGAAGAUGACAAAGAGUACCAGGAAUACCUGAAACGCCCUCCCCAGACUCCUCCAAUUGUCGAGGAAUGGAAUCACAGAGCUGGUGGGAACCAAAGAAACAGAGGCAAUCGGUUGCAAGAUAACAGACAGUUUAGAGGUAGAGAUAGCAGACGGGGGUGGCCAAGUGACAAUCGAUCCAAUCAAUGGCAUGGACGACCCUGGGGUAAGCAUUACCCACAGCACAGACAAGAACCUUACUAUCCCCACCAGUAUGGACACUAUGGCUACAACCAGCGGCCUCCCUAUGGUUACCACUGAUAGAAAUGUCAGCUGCUUUUAGUAAUAUCAUUUCCUGUAUUGACAAAAGUUUAUGUGUAUCUUCUGUUGGUCAUGAUUUUACAUCUGAUUUUACAGAAUGGAUUAUUAAUAUUUUGGAACUCCAGAUUUUUUUUAAAAAAUUAAUUCUUACUAGAGAGGUGUGAUGGUGGCUGGGAAUAAAUACUCCCCCGAAAAGGUUGUAGAUUAUAUUGAUUUCUAUUUCAGAAUCUUCUUUGUUUCAUGACUUAAUAGUGCUUUGAACUUGAUGUAUUUUCUCCCUUGUUUGACCUCCAGGAGUUCUGCCUUUGUUUUACACAGAAAUAAAAUAGAAAUUUUAAAAUAGAAAAUGCUUGCUUUUACUUUGUAAUAUUAGAAAGUACCCAUUCCUAAAAUUUGAGAGGUUGGUAAAAUCAACUCGUGAAUGCACAACUACGCAUAAGAUGUAUGUACUGUAUAUAACAGCAGUUGGAAGGUAAAACAAUUGUAUGAUUCUUUUGGCUCUGUUAUGUGGCUAUGGUACUUGGUAAUUACUCUAUAGGUAUGAGUCAGCCCUACAGUAAUUUUGGUCUCUUUUUAGAGAAAUAUUAAGACUAAAGUUAUAGAAGGAGGAAGGAAUCAUUCUCACGUUCAGUGUCUUGACCUAGUGGGAGGUUGGAUUAAAGCACAUCAUCAUUUUAUACAAACUCUAAGACUUUUUGCAAACUCAAACAUAGUAGGGCAAAAUUCACACGUUAUAACCAAAGUGUGAACAAAAACUGUAAUGUUCCCCUUUCCUUUUCAGUCAUGUUUAAAUACUGCUGCAUUUUGACUCUACUUCCUUUUAUGGUAUUUAAUGUGGGUUGAAUUUACAAUGUUAUAUUCACUUCCAAAUGUGCAUGUUUGCUGCUUCCUCUUCUAUAAAUACGGUGAUGCUGUAACUUUCAGAGUGAUAAUUAUAUUUCAAAUAAUUUUAAUGACCAUUACAAUGGUUUUAUUAAAAUACUUACAAUACGUAUUAAGCAAUUUCUCAAGUUUGGACAGUUAGCCAACUCAUUAACUGGUUUUUUUUAUUACUCUGUCCUUCAUAUCCAUCGAAAAAGGUUUAGUUGGUUUAAGAGUAAAUAUUAACAGUACAAGUUUCAUCACAGGUCAAAGGAAAGAAACGGCAACUUCCUAAAUCAGCCUUCUCUCUGAGCACCCCACUCUAGGCCCUUGCGAGUCUCUCUACCUCUCCCCCGCUGCCUGAAGCCAUCCUUUCAGGUAACGAUUUUAUUGGAAAGGAUUUAAUAAACCAAGUAUUCACACUUAGAUGUAAAUAAAGAGUUUUCCCUGUACCCCUCUAAUCACUUCAAUAGGCAACAAGCCAGUGCUAUUACCUCAAGAUAGGUCUUAACACUACAGAUAUUUAACCGCAAAACUUAACAAUGACCUGACGAUACCCUGAGAUCUCUGAAAGGAGAUGGGCUACUAAGAGUAUUUACCAACUGAUAAAGCCCAGGUACCACCAGCUGGGACAGUAGCUGACUACAGCUGUAAAGCAGGAUGCUGGAGUCCUUCUGCUGUGCCCGCUUUUGACACUAAUUAGGGAGAUCUAUGGGCCCAUGGGGCAGUGUUGGAGUGACGGUCCCUCUCAGGAAGCUCAGAAAAAAGGUGAUUUUCCAACAGUAUUUAAACAUUUUUGCCUUCAGGGCUAAAGAUCACUUCCUUCCCUUUUAGUAUUUCCCCUGAAGAUUACUGAUAUCACUAAUUUUGAGCUGUAAUGAAAGCACUACACUUUGUUUCUAAAUACAAUUUUUUAAUACCUUAAGAAUUUUCCCAGAGUUUCUAUUCCAUUUCAUUGAUUCAACCCAAACACAGAUUUGGCUGUGUAUGGAAGUCUAUACCCCAGGCCUCUGAUUUCUUUUAGCACUAUUGUUUAUAGUGAAAGGGAAUUUUUUUCAUUAGGAAAUGUAGGAAAUAAACACUCCCAGCUUGAGGCAGCUUCUAGUACCAUUGGAUAACUUCAAUUAGCUGGAAAUGUUACUGGUAAAAGCAUUUACUUUGGUAAUGUUACACAAAUUGAGGUAUUAUAUAUAAACACUGGAAAUCUUACUUGGGAUUUUUCUUUCAAAUAGCUUGUUUUUCCACCAAAGAAACAUUUAAGAUAUAUGAGAUGUGAUCAACAAAUAUGGUGAAUGUUUAAAAUAAAAAUUUAUUAUAGUAAAAGACACAU